GGGACGGGAGGGGGGACCUCCCGUUAGGACGGACACAUGUGGGGCUUCUGGGUAUAGCCGGAUGGACAUUGGGGUGUCUGGUCAGCCCGCCAGAGCGCGUUGGGUCAGGGCGAACCCGUGAAAGAGCCGCUGGUCCUGCCCUGGACCAAGUGCUGAGGCUCGGUGGCGGCCGGCCAGUCCUGACUGCCUCCCUCUCCGCCUGAGGCAGAUAACGGAAAAGAGGCUGGGAUGAAAAGACAGCUUGUUUCAGACACUAGCAGCACGGGACACAUUGCUGACCGGGCUUGUUCAGCCUCUACCCUCUUCUGGUCCUCGCUGACCCCUCUUCCAGGAAGCAUCCUCCUUCCUGCACCGACAGUUUCCAAGUGCCCCACCCCACGGGCCCCCAUCGCAUCUCUUCCCCCGGGUCUGCUGGGCAGAACAGACUCUCGGCCGGGCAGAUGGCUUCUCGGUGGCCGGCCGUGGGGGCCUCCAUGCGUCGGAGGUCCCUACAGAACCAGGGGCAGCUGGAGGAGAGCGAGGCCCUACAGCCUGCAGUUGGCCACCCAGACACCUCCAGCGGGGCCCUGGACUCCCUGUGCAGACAGUUCCAAAGGAGGCUGCCCCUGAGAGCAGUCAGCCUCAACCUCAGGGCGGGCCCCUCCUGGAAGCCCCUGGAAACCCCACAGCCAGGACAGCAGGGCCUCCAGGCUGCAGCUCGCUCAGCUAAGAACGCCUUGGGUGCCGUGUCCCAGAGAAUCCAGGAGUCCUGCCAAAGCGGCACCAAGUGGCUGGUGGAAACCCAGGUGAAAGCCAGGAGGAGGAAGAGGGGGGCACAGAAGGGCAGUGGCCCCCCAGCUCGCAGCCCGAGCCACAGGAGCACCCGGCUAUCAGUGGCCGCCCAUGCCCGCUCAACCCUGGAGCCCCGGGAGAGGGCGAAUCGCCGCCUCUCCACCCAGAUGGGCCCGCAUGCCCACCCUCGGCGGCGGUCCAGGAGGGAGGCUGCCUUCCGGAGCCCCUACUCCUCAGCAGAGCCCCUCUGCUCCCCCAGCGAGUCUGACAGUGACCUAGAGCCCGUGGGGGCAGGCAUCCAGCAUCUCCAGAAGCUGUCCCAAGAGCUGGAUGAGGCCAUCAUAGCCGAGGAGAGUGGCGACAUGACUGUUUCUCUCAUUCAUGACUGAGGACAGCAUCCUUCAGGGUCCGCGCCUCCCGGGAGUUCCUGGAGGACCCAGGAGCUGGCAGUGCCCCUGGGCCGCGGCAAACAGGGACCGGACUAACAAGGGCCCAGGUGGAGGCUGCUGGGGGUCUCUGCCCUUCUGCUCCAGCCACUUCCCCGCCCGCCAGUGACCACUUGCCGCAGUCUGCGAGUGACUCGGGGAGACCUCGGAGAGACGGGGGGGCUGCUCAUUCUACUCCCCUUUGGGGCUUAGAAACUCAUCCCACACGUGAGCUUUACAGUUGCUUCACUUGUAAAGUGCAGUGAAAGCACAAGGUAAUAUCUGAGAGCUCUGAGCUGCGUACCCAGGAGUAGGGUCUGCAAAGAGUCAUCUCCUGUGUCACCAGCGCAGGGGCUCUUGGGAACCCAGAUUCUAGCCCUGUUGCCCACAGCAGAGCCCCGGAAGAAGGGAUGGGAGAGAGUUCCAGGCCCCAAGACCCUGAGUCCACAGACACCUACUUACAUUCUCAGCACAGGGCACCCACCGUGGGAGUACAGGGAGAGGUAGCCCUGUUCAAUAGCAAUCUCUGCCCUUUGUAAAUUAUUUAAGAAAUCUGCUUUGUCAUUUUAUUCGAAAGAAACCAGUGUAGGAGUUUCCUAGACAACACUGCUUUUUCAUAAUAAAGACUCUCUGUAUCUGA